UUCUCGGCUCCCCCUCCCGCGAGGGGCACGCGCGCCGCGCUCGGACCCCGCCCUCCGGCUCGCAGGAGCCUCGCGCCGCCUCGGGCCAGCGGCGGAAAAUGGCAACAGCCACGGGGCUGGCUCCACGUGCCUCCCACACUUUCCCCUCCCUGGUGUCGCCAGGGCGACCCUGGGGGCCGCGUAACAAUGAGGUCGCCAUGGAGACCCCGGGACGAACGCACGCGCCUUUCCCGCUUUUUUGAAAGGGCUUCGUUUGGCGGAGGCGGCGCCGCGCGCGCCCUUCGCCGGCUCCCUCGCCCCCAACGUUCCCUUUCGCCAACAGCUGCCGCGCGAGGCACGCUUCCCUCAGCCCGUGCACUCUCAGCGCGUCGCCUCCUUCCUUUACAAGCACCAGCUCAUUUCCCCCCUACAGGCUUCCUUCUUUUCAAACCCAGCGUCGGGGUUGGGACGGGAGGAUGGAGACGACCACGGCUAGGAUAAAACUUAAAAGAAGUGCGACGCCUGUUGCACCUGACGUGGGAAGGGAGGAUGUGCGUUCAACCGGCACUGCGCAGAGGGAACUGGAUUAAUAGAGACCCGAAACAACACUGUCAAAAUCGCCGCCCACCUUUCUUCAACCCGGCGUCGCGGGACUGCAACUCCUAUCAGCCCCGGCAGGCUUGGCCAGUGGCCAGGGAUGAUGGGAAUUGUAGUCCCGCGACACCGGGUUGAGAAAAGGCAGGCGCGCGUGCGCACAUAACACACACGGCGCGAGGGCCUCUUUUCCUCCCCCGCCCCCAUUAAAUGACCUACAGCAGCCUACGCACAUCCAGGAUGGGCGGCAUCGAGACUGGAGGGCGUGGCUUUCAGCCUCGGUUCGCUCUGCAUUUAUCCCGUCGCCUCUGCUGCGAGGCUUUUUGCGCCCGACACUGAGAGGCGACUAAUGCGGUUAGGGAGCUGCAAUCCCGAAAGACCUUGCGGCGUCAUAGAGACUGGCAGCUAGAGCGGAGGCCGGGGGAAUGUUUGUGUGUGCGCGCGCCAGUCUUCCGGGAUCGCGCAACGCAGCUUCCGCUGAUGCUGGCGCUAGCGCUGCCUAGGUUUGGUGGCGUUCUUCCUGCUGCUGCCGCCGCCUCCGUCGGUCUGCGCGCGCGGCUGAGCUGCGGCCGCGUCAGCAUGGCGAAGAGCAAGUUCGAAUACGUGCGGGGUUUUGAAGAGGAGGCCACGUGCUUGCCCAACUGCUGGGUCGUGGUCCGGUUGGACGGCCGCGGCUUCCACCGUUUUGCCGAGCAACAUGGUUUUAAGAAGCCUAAUGAUGAUCGCGCUCUUCACUUGAUGAACAAGUCUGCACAGACAGUAAUGCAAGAAUUAGAGGAUAUUGUCAUUGCCUAUGGACAAAGUGAUGAAUAUAGCUUUGUUUUCAAAAAGAAAAGCAACUGGUUUAAGAGAAGAGCAAGUAAGUUCAUGACUCAUGUGGUCUCCCAGUUUGCCUCCAGCUACGUUUUCUAUUGGAAAGAUUACUUUAAGGACCAGCCUCUUUUGUAUCCACCAGGAUUUGAUGGCCGUGUUGUGUUGUAUCCUAGUGACCAGAAUUUAAAGGACUAUCUUAGUUGGCGACAAGCUGAUUGCCACAUAAAUAAUCUCUACAAUACAGUAUUUUGGACUCUUGUGCAGAGAGGUGGCUUGACACCUGUACAAGCCCAAAAGCGACUACUGGGAACAGUUGCAAGUGACAAGAAUGAGAUUUUAUUUUCUCAAUUCAGCAUUAACUACAAUAAUGAAUCAUUGUUGUAUAGAAAAGGAACUGUUCUACUGUGGCAAAAGGUAAAUCAAGCCAUUAAAAAGAAAAUUAAAAUUCCAGAGGAAACGGAAGAGAAGGAAGUUGAAGUGACCCGGCCAAGGACUACAGUAGUUGCUUUGCACUGUGAUAUCAUUGGGGAUCAGUUUUGGGACCAGUAUCCUGAAAUCCUAGCUGAUGAUAGCUGACCUUUGCCAUCUGGAUGUUGGUGUGAAAUACUCUGUACAGUUUACUCCUGCAAGGACCGUGGGAGACGGAUAGGUGACUGGCCCAGAAUGGAUAUUUCAGUAAACUUGUGUGGUGCACUUAAGAAGCCAUGAAAUGCUUGUAUUCAUUUUCAUAGCUUCAUAGAUGUGUAUGUUUUCCCAUCAAAAUUAUGAGGUGCCUUACAAUAAUAUCAUUGUCAGGUUGACAAACUUUUUAUUUGAAAAGGAAUGCCUUUAAUUUAGGCUAUUGCCCUCAAAGGCACUCUACUGGUACAAGUCCCAUGAGAUUUUGAGCUGCCCAUUUAAAACUGAAAACAUUUAAACUCCUGCUUCAAAUUAAGUUCUAUCAUCAGGGAGCCAAGUUACAAAUUAUCCUAGUUGCUAAUGUCUCUGGAUUAUAUGAGUGAUAAAUAAAAUACCCUAGCAAAUGGCUGAAACUAAUUAGGAAGUCUUCUCUCAAGUGUAAACUAGUUAUGGCUUUUUUGAAAGCUAUGGAAACAUAAUUUCCCUCCGUAAUCAUACAUUUAUUGUUUGGACUCUCUGCUUGCUGCUUUACUGAUUAUUAGAGAAGGUCUCGGGUGACCAAACUAGAAUAAUAAACUUAUUGAAUAGGGGGGGGGGCAUCACAACAGGAUAUGUUUGUAGGUCAUGCUCUCAAUUUUCUUCUGCCUGGGAAACUAUCCAAUUCCUGCUGUUGAGGAUUGUGGCAAUCAACUUACUGAAAGUUCUUUACUCUUCAAAAAAGUUUGUGUUGUGCUUCUGCAUUCUUUGUGCCGGACCAGUGAAGUAAUAAGACCUGUUCCAGGGUGGGGCGAUGGGGUGUAUGUGAUACUUUCUCUGACUAUGCAGAGACUGGAAUGAUACAUGCUGGGAAAUAAUGACAAAAGGGUUCUAUGUGGAAUAUUUUGUUAAUGUCAUUCCAUUCCUCACUCUCUGCCUUUCCUGCACUAUCUUUCUUUUAAAGAAGACAAGGUCCCUUAAAGCCUCUUUGAAAAAGAAAUAACAAUAACCAACCAAUUUAUCUAAAAUGGUGGACAUCUUCAUUGCUAUAGUUAGGUUAAACAUUAAGAAAAACAACCUUCCAAGCAAUAUGUGUUUAAAUUAUUGCUGUAAUGUUCAUAAUAAAUUUUUGCAUUGAUUUAUGGAAUAACUAGUGGAAUUCAGCCCGUUUAAAAACGGGCGCUAGAA